AUGCACCCAGCAAUCAAAUCAACAAUACAAUCAUUCAAGAAGUACUUGACAUUCAUUGGUCCAGGCUUGGUAGUCUCGGUUUCGUAUUUGGAUCCAGGCAACUAUUCAACCUCAACAUCUGGGGGGUCAAUGUACCAGUACAAACUAUGUUUCAUCAUUUUCAUGUCAAAUAUAUUUGCAGUAAUUUUACAAACGCUAUGUGUAAAGUUGGGAACCAUAACUGGUCUUGAUUUGGCUGAGAUGUGUCGAUUGAAUUUGACUCCCAAGUGGAAUUUGUUCAUGUACUUGUGUGCUGAAAUUGCCAUCAUUGCUACCGAUUUGGCCGAGGUAGUUGGAACAGCAAUAUCCUUAGAAAUUUUAUUUGGUAUACCCUUGCUAUAUGGUGUGCUCAUUACCGUCCUUGAUGUUUUGAUUAUCUUAAUGGCGUACCACAAAGAUGGAUCCUUGAAACAGACCAAGGUAUUCGAGAUCUUGGUGUCCAUUUUGGUUAUGGCCACUUGUGUUUGUUUCAUUUUGGAGUUGUUCAAAUGUCCUUUUGAACCUGGAGCAGGAUGGGAAAUCUUCAAAGGGUUUCUUCCUGUAAACAAAGAGAUUUUCAAAGAAAAGAAUGCGUUGUUUUUGAGCUGUGGAAUUGUGGGAAGCACUGUCAUGCCUCACUCAUUAUUCUUAGGUUCUGCUUUGGUUCAACCAAGGUUAAAAGAUUUUGAUGAGAAACACGGCAUGAAAGAGGAUGUUCUUAUUGAUUCAGAUGAUGUACAACCAAGGGUGGUCCCUUUAAAUGCAACCCGGAAUGACACACCCUCUAAUCCAGCAGGUACUCCAAUGUCAAGAUUGAGAAGCUUGUCCAAUGGAUCGAUGCUUGUAAGGAAAUAUAAGCCCUCAUAUGAAGCAGUAAAGUAUUGUCUAAACUAUUCAUAUGUUGAAUUAGUUUUGUCGUUGUUCAUUGUUGCAGUCUUUGUCAACUCUGCUAUUUUAAUUGUGGCUGGAGCAACACUUUAUGGUAAGCCUGAUGCUGCUGAUGCGGACUUAUUAUCCAUAUAUGAAAUGUUAUCGCGCUAUAUAUCACCAGCUGCAGGGUUAUUGUUUGCAUUGAGUAUGUUGUUUUCUGGUCAAAGUGCUGGGAUCGUUUGCACUAUGGCAGGCCAGAUAGUUUCAGAAGGUUUUAUCAAUUGGACGAUUGCCCCCUGGAAGAGAAGAAUCAUGACAAGAGUGAUUGCAAUUGUGCCUGUCAUUAUUGUCAUCGGAAUUCUUGGUCGUGAAGGUGUCAAUAAGGUCAUGAAUUCCUCACAAGUUGUGCUUAGUUUCAUCUUACCGAUUGUUAGUGCACCCUUGAUUUACUUCACAUGUAAAAAGAAGUAUAUGGUGGUGUACAAGACCAGCAAUGUAUCAGAUGAAACAAGUCCAUUGCUUUUAUCAGGUGAUGAUAACGCAGGUACUUCCAAGCCAAUCACGUACGAGAAUGGAAGAUUUUUACAAAUCUCAAGUAUAUUAACAUGGGUUAUUAUUACAGCUCUAAAUAUUUACUUAAUUAUUGCCUUUGCCAAUGGAGCAGACAUAUAG